AUGGAUGUAGCUGGGCCAAGUUUUAGGGAUAAUUAUAAUGAAGGUAUUGAAGAGAUGCCAAAUCCAAAUGCAAGAGCAUUUUAUGACAUGUUACAUGCUGCACAACAACCAUUGUGGGAAGGCUGCGAAGAGUCUAAACUUUCAGCAACUUUGCAAUUAUUAAGCAUUAAGGCAACAACUAACAUGUCACAACAAGGAUACAAUUUAAUUUCCCAACUCAUAAGGAGGACACAGCCUAAAGAUACUUGUAUGCCUACAGACUUGUACCAAACAAAAAAGUUGGUGUCAAAGUUAAGUCUUGAUUAUAGAAAGAUUGAUUGUUGUGUGAAUGGGUGUAUGUUGUACUAUAAAGCUGAUGAUAGUGCAACGCAAUGUAAGUUUUGUGGUGAGGAAAGAUAUUUCUCAAGAAGGUGUCAUGGAAGGAAAAAGAAAGUUGCAAGGAAACAGUUGUGGUUCUUACCUUUGAUUCCAAGAUUGCAGCGAUUGUAUGCCUCUGAGAAAACAGCAAAGGAAAUGACAUGGCACUAUACGAAUCGUAGAGGCACCAAUGUCCUUUCUCACCCCUCUGACGGCCAAGCAUGGAAAGUUUUUAAUAGUACAUAUCUUGACUUUGCUCAUGAUCCACGAAAUGUGAGGCUUGGGUUAUGUGCUGAUGGAUUUACACUGUUUGGGCAAUCAGGGAGACAAUAUUCUUGUUGGCCUGUAAUUAUUACUCCAUGUAAUAUGUCACCCGAGCUGUGUAUGACACAAGAAUAUAUGUUUUUGACUUUAAUUAUCCCUGGUCCUAAUAAUCCCAAAGGAAAAAUAGAUGUGUAUUUACAACCAUUGAUAGAUGAAUUAAAAUUGUUAUGGGAUGAGGGUGUGCUAACGUAUGAUGCCUCAUUGAGACAAAACUUUCACAUGCGUGCUGCAUUAUUAUGGACAAUUAAUGACUUUCCUGCAUAUGGCAUGUUGUCUGGUUGGAUGACAAUGGGGAGAUUAUCGUGUUCUAUAUGUAUGGAGAACUCAAAAGCAUUCCAAUUAAAGUAUGGGAGGAAAACAUCUUUCUUUGAUUGUCAUCAUCAAUUCCUUCCUAUUGAUCAUCGAUUCAGGAGAAACAAAAACUCAUUUUACAAUAACAGAGUUGAGAAAUCAAAGCCUCCUUCCCGGUUAAGUGGAGAGGAAGUUUGGCAUAGAGUACAAAAUUUACCAAAGGUCACCGAAUAUGGAACAACUAUACCAACUGAAGGCUAUAAUGACAUUCAUCAUUGGACCAAACAAAGCAUAUUUUGGGAAUUACCAUAUUGGAAAAGCAAUCUCAUUCGACAUAAUCUUGAUGUUAUGCACAUUGAAAAGAAUGUUUUUGAAAAUUUGUUUCAUACUGUCAUGGACACAAAAGGAAAAACAAAAGAUAAUACACAAGCUCGAAUGGACUUGCAAGAAUAUUGUCGACGAAAGGAAAAUGAACUUGUUGAUAGAGGAGGAAAAAUGAUGAAACCAAUUGCAAAAUAUACUUUGAAUUUAGAACAAAGGAAAGCGAUUGUUCAAUGGAUAAAGAAGUUGAAGCUCCCCGAUGGGUAUGCAUCUAAUCUAGCUCGAUGUGUUGAUAUGAAGGAAGCAAGGUUAUAUGGAAUGAAGAGUCAUGAUUGUCAUAUGUUCAUGGAACGCUUGGUUUCCAUUGCCUUUGCUACUUUGCCAGAUGAUGUAUUUAAUCCUGUAGCGGAGCUUAGUCAAUUCUUUAAACAACUUUGUUCUACCACCUUGAUGGUAGAUCAACUUGAGAUAUUAGAGCAAAAUAUUGUUGUGACAUUAUGUAAAUUGGAGAAGGUCUUUCCUCCUGGUUUUUUUGACUCAAUGGAGCAUUUGCCUGUCCAUCUUGCUUAUGAAGCUAAGGUUGGUGGACCAGUUCAGUAUCGAUGGAUGUAUCCAUUUAAAAGAUUCCUUUAUACCUUGAAACAAAAGGUCAAGAACAAAGCCCGAGUUGAAGCGUCUAUAUGUGAAGCUUAUAUAGUUGAGGAGACCGCUAUGUUUUGCUCGCACUACUUUGAGCCGGGUAUGCCACCAAGAAUAACAAGACCUCUACGAAAUGAUGAUGGUGGAGAAUCAAAUUUGCCAGUAAUUUCCAUAUUUAACCAUCCGGGAAGACCUUCUGGGGAAUGUAAAGCUCGUUUCUUGAAUGAUGAGGAAGUAGAAGCUGCCAAAAGAUAUGUUUUAAUGAAUUGUGAUGAGGUGCAACCUUAUAUGAUGUUAUUUGUACAAACAUUGAAGGAAGAUAAUUGUCAAAUCACAGAAAAUGAGAUUGAAUCCCAGAUCAAUGAACGAUUUCCCUCAUGGUUUAAAAAUCAUGUUCAAAAUCAUAACAACAACAUUGUGGAUCCAUUUUUACAUGACAUUGCUUGGGGCCCGAAGAGAAAAGUUAGAACUUGGCCUAUGUACUUUAUUAAUGGGUAUAAGUUUCAUACACAUUCAUGGGCCCUUCGAAAAUCAACGAUAAAUAGUGGUGUAUGCAUUAAAGGCGCUGACUAUGCACAAUCAGAACAUGACUUUUAUGGUAUUGUACAGGAGAUUAUAGAGAUUGAAUAUAUGGGGCUUCCUGUAAAGAAAUUAGUAUUAUUCAAUUGUGAGUGGUUUGAUCCGACACCAAAUCGUGGUACAAGGGUUUAUCAACAAUAUGGGAUUGUUGAAGUUCAUGGAUUGCGAAGGUACAACAAGUAUGAUCCAUUCAUUAUUGCUCAACAAGCAAUGCAAGUAUACUACACCUCUUAUCCUUGUUGUCGUCAGAAGGCAAAUUGGUUAGCUGCUAUUAAGGUGAAGGCUCGUAAUAUCAUUGAUGCUCCUACAUGUGCAAUAAACUUAGAGGCAUUUCAAGCAGAUGGGUUAGAAGUCAUACUGCCAGCAAUUAUUGAUGAUGCUGAAUUGAAUAACCAAAUAAAUUCUGAAAUUUUCUAUGAAGAGGUGGAUAUGGCAACUGAGAACAUGGUUUAUGAAGGAGAUGAAUACGAAGAUGAAGUUGAGGAAGAUGAAGAAGAUGAAUAUGGUGAAGAUGAAGUCGAGGAAGACACAGAUGAUGGUGAAGAAGAUUUCUAUAUAGAAGUUGAUGAUGAUGAUGACAACGAUGACGAUGAUGACAUCAACAACAAUGAUGAAGAUGGAUGA